UUUUUUGAACUGUACAACAUGUCUGGUGUUACAAGUAUUCCUGUUACAACUACAAGUACUUUUUCAGAUAGUCUCCCGUCAAUUGAAAAUGUUAUGAAAUGGAAGAGGAAGGAGGUUCUUGAUUUCUUACAAGAGAAUAAAGAAGUCUUGGAUAUUGAGCCUAGUGAUAUCAAGAUAAUCGAAGAUAACAGAGUCGCUGGUCUUGCCUUCCUCGGCUUGACCGAACAAAAGCUUGUCAAUCCUCCUUACAAUCUUCUUGGCGGACCGGCUGGAGCAAUAGCGAAUUUAGUUAAGAGAAUUAAUGACAAAGGGCAAGAUCUGAAUAGUGCACUGAAAAAUCUUGAUGACAAAAUGGAUCUUAUGAGAUCUGACUUUGGAAGCGUUUAUGAAGCAUCCGCUCGGCUUGAAAUUGCUAAAAUAAGCGGUUCCCAAUACUCUUCUAAGUUUGAAAUAUCAGAUCUUAAUGGUCUUGUACGACUUUCUUUACCACGAAAAAAACUCUCCAAUGAAAAACCAAAAUUUGAAACUCCGAUAUAUGUUCAAGUAUACCGUGCUGACAAAGUUUCAGACUAUAUUUAUAAUAUAAAUAUGAAAAUGAAACUUAAAGAAUCAAUAAAUUAUAUUCGUUCGUUACCUCAAGACAAUAAUUUUAUUAUAAAUCUCAAUGCCCUCGCUAAUAGAGCGGAAAAAUCUCUCAAUGUCUGGGAAGCUUAUCAAGAGAAGCAUAGUUCGUCAGAAAAUCGUCUAUUUCUCGCAAAUACAAGAUCCUUGGGUGUGAUGUUGAUCACUUCGUAUAUCAUGGAUCCAAAAAUAGCCAUAGAGAAUGAUCAUGCACCAUUCUACGAAGUUCUUGAAUUGGACGUUCGUGGAAGGCCAACAAGUUAUCUUGAUAUGAAAAUUGUUUCAAUCGAGAUAGGUGAAAUCAAACUAACGGUCAAGAACCUACGUCAUGGUUAUCGACAACUACUGAUUAGGCUUGCAACACUUGGGUUCACUAUUGAAGCAUUGAACAGUAAAGGUGACGAAGUAGCUGAUUAUAGGUUCCCUUCCAUUAUUGAUAUCCCAAAGGAAUGGGAACAUGGUAUUAAAUUUCCCAAAGGCGCCAACCACAUUAUAAGAGUUGUCGCAGUUGGUGAUAAACCAUAAAAACUGCCUAACGUUAAAUGUAUUAACAAAUAAUUGUAACAAAUAGAUUUUCUACUAAUAUAAUUGCUAUUAAUGUAACAGUUAGCUUUUUUAUUGUAUUUAUCAAGAGUAAAAAAUGUAAAAAGUACUAUGAACUAUAUGUAAAAAUAAAGCAUUGAAUAAAACAUCCUUUAAAGCUACAUUUUAUUGGGAGAGUAACUUAUAUAUAUUACUAGUAGUUAGAAAAUUUUUUAUUAACAUCAUAUAACGCAGGGCUUCGCAUGCUCACAAAAUUAGUUGUUCACAAUGCUAUUGAAAUUAGAGCACUUCCCAUACUUGAAAUUCCGAAAUAGUUUCAGAGGGAUUGAUAAUUAUAAUUUUGCAUCACCUCAGCCGUGGAGCUCACCAUGCCCUAUUUGUGAUGGAAAACAUGGGAAUUAUGGAUUACAUGGCGAAUGGUAUAAAAAUGGAACAGAAU